AGUCCUUUUCCGCCUCCACCCUCACUCCCAGUUGCAGCAUAUCCUGCUCUGGAUCCUUUCGAACUACCCUGUCCCCCCCUUCAGCCCCCAAGCAGCAACUUGUUCUGCAGGAAACCGCGCCUGGAGGGUAAAGGUGCCUCCACCGACCCAUCAUCCUGAAGAUCGCUGUCCUUGUUAACUGAGGUUACUGGAAGCACUGGGGUUUCCUGGUCCAUGGAACAGGACUGCUUUCUGCAGAUUGCCCCGCCCCAUGCGAUGUCACUGCGCUCAGCUGAUUUAAGGACAAGAGCACACAGGGUAGAGGUCUCCACUCUGGACCCAGGACAUCAGCUCUGAUUCCAGGAGACGGGGCGCCCUGCGGGCUGCGGAGGACAGACUCCGGCGGUUUCCUGGAGGUUCCAGCAAGACACCAUCUCACCACUUGCCGCUCUAGAGCUCAACCUUUGGCCAGGAAAAGAUUUCAGCUAAAGGCGGAGAAGAUGAGUUUCCUGGAGGAUUUGGAACUGAACUUUGCGGAAUGUAUACAAGAUGGAGGAAAAGCGACCCUUGGGGUUAGGCAAAGGGAGGAAAUGGAUACCACACACUGCAUGAAACAGAACGAAAUCAUCUCGCAAGCCGUGUGCGCUCUGCUGAAUUCCGGUGGCGGAGUGGUCAGGGUUGAGAUUGAGAACGGAGACUAUAAUUUUGAGAGGGAUGGAGUUGGCUUGAAUCUGCCACCAUUGUUCAGAAACCAUUUAGACGAGAUGCUGUAUGGAAAGCUCUUUUUAAUAUAUGUGAGUUCGUGGGACGUGGCAGCCUCUCACGUGAGGCUCGCUACCCUGUGCUCCAAUUUGUACCACAGAUGUGGAACAUUUACUGAGGUCAUGGAUCCUGAAAAAGCCCUGAAAUUCCUCAAAAGGGUCCAGGAUCCUAGGAUUCUUGGUGACUCUGACUCGCUAAAUCUACAGGAAGCUCCUGUAGAUGACGCUCAGAUGAUCUUAGCUUCUGAUUUGUUUCAUAGCCCGCAGCUCCAGUACCUGGAAAAACUCAACUUCACAAAGUCCUCACACGUUGAAUUUCAAAUGUUCUCGGCAGACCUUUCCCAGGGCAUUAGAGAGAGACUUCCCAAGUGUGUUUCUGCACUUGCCAAUUCUGAAGGGGGCUAUGUGUUUUUUGGUGUGCAUGAUGAGACCCGUCAUGUCAUUGGAUGUGAAAAGGAAAAGAUAAAUUGUACCAACUUGAAAUCUACUAUCGAUGCCUGUAUCAGGAAGAUGCCUGUCUACCACUUCUGUGGACAAAACCACAAAGUGCAAUAUGAGCUUAAAUUCCUUGAAGUGUAUGAUAAGGAGGCCCUCCAUGGGUAUGUCUGUGCAAUCAAGGUCGAACGAUUCUGCUGUGCAGCAUUUGCCAAAGCGCCCGAUUCCUGGGAGAUAAAGGACAAUAAUAAGAAGCCGCUAACUGCGAAUGACUGGGCCUCUCGGAUGAUAGAAAUCAACCCAGACCUUUCCAGUUUCCCUCAGAUGAUCCCCUGGAAGAGUAUGUUAAACACCACACCCUGCAGCAAGACCGUGUUCACACAUAAAUAUUUGAAAUGUGUGGAAGACCUGCAGAAGGAUUACUUUCCAGUGUCACCCAACAGGAUUACAUAUACUCCAGAGAGCGUCUACAAGGACCUCUUCGCAGAUUACAGAGGACUAAGAAACUUAAUAAAUAUGGAAAUGCGCUGUUUCUCUCAAGGGAUAUUGAUCUUCUCCCACAGCUGGGCUGUAGAUCUAGGUCUUCAGAGGAGGCAAGAUGUCAUCUGUGACGCUCUUCUGAUUUCCCCGAACAACGUUCCAAUCCUGUACACCAUUUGCAACAAGUGGGAUCUGGGGAACAGGCACUAUUCCAUGAAAGUUGCCCGUACCCUGAAGCAGAAGCUGGUGAACAUGGGUGGCUACCCUGGAAGAUUAGGCAUCAUUCCCUUGGUCUUACCACUGGGUUCUCACCAAAGAGUAAGGAAUGACUUAGAAAUGCCAGUGUACCCCGAAUCCUAUAACUUCAUAACCACACAGCAGGUGGAAGCUCUGUUGCAAUCUCUUGUGAUCAUCUUGUUUGGGUUCAGACCCCUGUUAAAUGAAGAGUUAAACUUGGAGUCUGAGACUGUGGCCCUGCUCUCAGACCAACAGUACGGGUUGCUUUCAACUAACCUGAGCAAGCACAGAGAGAUGUUUGUUCACGGCUUACCUGGAUCAGGGAAGACCACUCUAGCUCUCAUGAUCGUGGGGAAGAUCAGGAAUGUGUUCAACUGUCAAGCUGACAACAUUCUUUACAUCUGUGAGAACCAGUCCUUGAAGAGGUUCAUUGUGAGGAAAAACGUUUGCCAGGCAGUGACACGGAAAACCUUCAUGAAAAAUACCUUUGAUAAUGUGCAACAUAUCAUCGUGGACGAAGCUCAGAAUUUCCGAACGGAGGACGGGAACUGGUACGCAAAGGCCAAAGCCAUCACUCAGAGAGCGAGAGAUGGCCCAGGAGUUCUCUACAUUUUUCUGGAUUACUUUCAGAUCAAUCACUUGUGUUGCAGUGGCCUCCCUGAGCUCCAACACCAGAAGCCGUUAUUGAAGCUCACCAGAAUGCUCCGCAGCGGAGACAACAUAACCAGCUACCUUCAGGAUAUAAUGCAUCAAAUCAGAGAAAAUCCUCCCCCAAAUGUCCCCCAAGAAGCCUUGAUGGUGGGUGAAGAACUUGAAUGGGGUCCAGAUGUCACAGGCAACUUAGAGAUUACUGAUAACUUGAAUUUGGAGCAGAUGUCAGUCUAUGUAGCAGAGAAAUGCCAGAGUCUUUGGAGGUCUGGCUAUUUCACGGAUGUUGCUGUUCUUUUCACUAGAGCCAGAGAUAUAGAAAAAUGUAGAGACAAGCUUCUGCUAGCAAUGAGGAGGAGGUCCAUGUCUCAGCUCGCUGAGGAGCCCAGUUUACUAGUGCAGGUCAGGGAGGGGUUGGAUAGUCUGGGUAGUCACGUCGUGUUGGAGAGUGUUCACCGAUUUUCAGGCAUGGAAAGAAGUAUUGUGUUUGGGAUCAUUCCAAUGGGAUCUGAGACGGCCAUUUUCUACAAUGCUCUGCUCUGUCUGGCUUCCAGGGCAAGGACACAUCUGUAUAUUGUAAAGGUUGUGUUUUGAUAGGAAGAUGCCAGUUUUCAGUUAGCUUGGGUUGGUCUCUAGCUGUCUUUGAAGCUCUUUGAUCUAAACAUUUAAGCACCAAAAACAUUUCAUGUACAAUCAGCCACACUCAGGGCAAGCAAAUAUGAGUAUGGGGGAUGUAGACAGUAGGAAGAGACAGCAGAGCAAUUAGCUGGCACUGAGAUAUCCUUUCUCUCUCUCUCUCUCUCUCUCUCUCUCUCUCUCUGUGUGUGUGUGUGUAUGUGUGUGUGUGUAUCAGGAAGGACUGGUUGUUUGAGGUAGGCAGGAAAGAGCUAAUUAUGAGAUGACUGCUGACUUCUCGUAGACUCAGAUAUUUUCCUUGUUUUUAACACAGCCACCGGCAGAAAUGCUUGAUCUUGGUGUGUGGAGGGAGCAUGAAGGGGAGAGGGGGAGAGAGUGUGUCCAUCUUUAGCAGGACAUAGUUUGAAAUGUAAGUUCACAAACUGCAAGCUAUGAUUUCAGGGUGAGUCCAGUUCAGUUUAGCUUGUCGAGUUGCUUCCUGUUUUGCCUUUCAUCGGCAUUGCUGUUUCUGAUCUUUGCCUUCUACAUGACUUAUUUAUUCAGAAUCUUUGACUCCGCCUUAAUACUAUUCCUGUGGGGACCCAGAGUUACUACCGUCAAAGUGCCAAAGUGUGGGUGCAGUGGUUUGGAAGGUAGAGGGCCGAAGAGGAAGAAUGUACAGAGUCUAAGCCUGGCAUCACUCCACACUUAAUUUAGUAACCACAGUAUGCAAACAUAAGUCAAAUAUCUCUGCUCUCUGUGCGCUCCCCAGUUCAAACAGCCUUUCGAAGGCCGUUGCUGAAAAAAUACUCAUUUGUCAUUUGCUUUAGGUCUCUGUAUAGCCCUGGCUGUCCUGGAACUCACUCUGUAGACCAGGCUGGCCUCGAACUCAGAAAUCCACCUGCCUCUGCCUCCCGAGUGCUGGGAUUAAAGGCAUGUGCCACCACGCUCGGCUUCUCUGAAACUCAAUAUUUAGAGCCAAACAGAGCAAACUUUUCUGGGAGACACAAACAAACAAAAAUCCAGAGUUCAUUUCCAGGGAUGAUUUGCAGGAGCAAAUCAUGAAAACUUAAGGAAAAUGAAUAAACAUAGAGAGUAUGAUAUAAAUUGAAUAACUUAGAGAAAAAAAAUCACACAUUCUAAUGGGUGGAUCGGAACCUACCAUGUUUAUCAGAGAGUGUGUGGGUAUGGGUGAGUGUGGGUGUGGAUAAUAAUCAGAAAAAAAAGACAAAGAAGCUUGGGGAAAUGGAGGGCUGGAGAGUAGGGCAUCAGGACACAUGUGCUAUGAAGCAGAAAGGAUGCUGUGGGGAGAUGGAAGUGGAGUCACAAGGGAAGGCUCAGGGAGGGGAGGGGCACAGAUAUUAGCAAAAUACUGUAAAAAAAUAAACUUGAACAUAGAAUCGGUUUGCUUUAGGCAUCUAGUUACAUUCUUAGAGAAUUUAUAUCAAAGAAAUUUACUUCUAGCCAGGAAGUGAUGGCACACACCUUUAACCCCAGAACUCAGAAGGCAGAGGCAGGUGGAUCUCUGAGUUGGAGGCCAGCCUGGUUUACAGAGUGAGUUCUAGGACAUCUAAGGUUAUACAGAAAACCCCUGUCUCAAAAAGCAAAGCUGAGCCAAGCCAAGCCAAGCCAAACCAAACCAAACCAAACCAAACCAAAUCAAACCCAAAAACCACCAUCAACAAAAAAACUCCAAACAAAUGACAAAGAGCCAGGUAGUGGUGGUGCAUAGCUUUAAUCUCAGCACUAUGGAGACAGAGACAGAAGGAUCUCUUAAGUUUGAGCUAGCCUGGUCUACAGAGUGAGUGUCAGGAUAGCCAGAAAGGUCAAGAAACAAUAUGCUGGGGAAAUGCUGGCAGCAAAUGUCAUAAAUAUUUUUUCCCUAAAGUUUCUAUUCAUGGUAGUUUAAUCCCAGCACUCAGGAGGCAGAGGCAAGUGGAUCUCCGUGAGUUUGAGUCCAACCUGGUCCACAUAGUGAGUUUCGGGCUAACCAGGGUUACAUACUGAGACCUUGUCUCAAAAUUUUUUUUUAUACAUAAAAGAAAAAUUUCCGGGCUGGUGAGAUGGCUCAGUGGGUAAGAGCACCCGACUGCUCUUCCGAAGGUCAGGAGUUCAAAUCCCAGCAACCACAUGGUGGCUCACAACCAUCUGUAACGAGAUCUGACUCCCUCUUCUGGAGUGUCUGAGGACAGCUACAGUGUACUUACAUAUAAUAAAUAAAUAAAUAAAUAAAUCUUAAAAAAAAAAAAAUAUAAAAAAAAAAAAAAAAAAAAAAGAAAAAUUUCCAAGAUUAAAGGAAAACUGGACAAAGAAUUUGACAGGAAGAGCACAGAAGGAGUUUAAAAAGCUCCUACACAUGGGGGAGACAUCCCUUACGGUGGCAUGAGUGUCACAUAACCAGGUGUGUGACAACAUGCUGUUUGGAGAGAAAGACCUGGCAAUGGCCAUGAUAUGCUUGGAUGUUUGUAACCUUUUACCCUGAGAUUCAUUCCUAAGGAACUUAUUCUGCACAGACAGCUUGCACACAUGUAAAAAGCUUCUGGGUCGACGUAUAGAGUUUUGCUUCUAGUAGCAGAAAGCACAGCAGUAGUAAACACAAUACAGAUGAGUUGAAGGGAGUAAUUUACAGAAAAUCACAACACACCAUCAUAUCACGAAGCCAUAAAAAGUGAGAUCGCCCUUGUAUUUAUGUGGGGCCAUCUCUAAGAUGUUCUGUAUUGUGACCAAAGUCUACCUAUCCUGUGCCUCUAGGGCCGACACACAUGCUUGCAGAUGCUUUCAGGAUUUUUUUUUUUUAAAUAAACCUUAAAAUCUCUGGAGCAGGGGCAUCGGUGCCCAGGGAGAAAGACAGCUUCUGCUCUUUUGGACUCUAGGUUCUCUACCAUGUGGCACUUGAUGAAGUUUUGCUUUGCAUAUGUUUUUACUUAUAAAUGUAAUGGAUUUAUAAAUGACUUUCUCAGUUUUUAUCAACCUGUAUCCUGGUAAACAUUUCAUAAUCAUAGUGGGUAUUAAUAGUGGGUAGUGAAUGGGGAAUUUGAAAACUAUACAAUGUAGGAUGUAGAAGUGCUGACACACUGUUCAAGCUUUUUUUAAAAAAUAAAAUAAAGGACAUAAGAUAUUGCAACUAAAA